AUGUGGCGCUGUUGGAUACACUUCAUCCUGGCCUGGGUAUGUAUAGCGACCCCAGCACUGUGCCAAAGUGGGGACGGUGACUGGGGAUCAGGGCUUGAAAGCGACUCUGCCACAAUAGCUGCCAAUGACACGUUGCAGGCAGUUGGCGAUGAGCCUGUGAGGGUGAAAAACAACAUUGACUGGACCACGUCGGCAGCGUUCUCACCAUCAACUUCACCAAGUCUCCACUACGAGCCCCAACCAGACGAGUGCUCAGUCCACUUCAGCACUAACGCAGCCUCAGCUCGAAGGCUGAAGGCCCAACGAGAGGAACUAGCCUACCUGCAGGCCAUUCAGCACGGGAAUAAGGCAGUGGUGGAAAAUUUAGAGCAGUUCGUGGGUGCAGAGCUGGGAGUUCAGAGCUAUGAAGAUGUGAUUAAGGAAAAUAUUAUCGGCAUCCAGGAGGACCACAAGAGCUGUCAUGAGGUGGUGGAGAAAGCUGAGGAAGAUCUAGAGAAGCAGCUGGAGGGAAAUGUGCUGGACUCUUCCUCCGGGAUGCAGAAAAUCCGAGAAGAGUCCUUGGCCUUUGAAGACAUGCUCCGUGCUGCAGCAGACAUCGCCGGCAGGCUGGAGAGAUCCUCACAGGCCCUGCAUGCUUCCUUCACCAAGCAGCUGAAAGACAUUGUGAAAAUCCACCGCUAAGAACGACUUGAAACACAUCCACAUAAAUCGCCAUCUCUGCACCUGUGAAAGAAGUUUAGCGUCGAAAUGAGGGAAAUAAACCUCCCGCCAGUUUUAUAUCCUAAUUUUUAAGUAUAUGUGCUCUGCAUCACUAAGAUGUAACAUUGAGUCAAGGUCAGCCUUGAAAAUGAAUUGUAUUAAUCCACAGAGAUGUGUCAUUGACAGGAAUGCAGAGGCUGAGGAACACAGCAGAAAAGCGCUGGAAGAAAAAACAUUAUCCUUUUUCGCCACAACUGAUUAAAUGUUAUUUUCCAUCAAGGCAUUAUUCGAGAAAUUUAGUGAGGUCAAAUGUGGCAACAGUAUGUGGUGCAGGUCUGAGCCAAGUUGAGUGUUUAUGGAUCAAACUAGAUGGGCCUUCCGAGAGCGAACAUAAUGACUCUGUUAGUCUUCUCCAGAGGAAGCUGUGCAUUGGCCAUCUGGUUCCAGGGUAAGGAUGGAGGCCAGGAUACACUCACAAUCAGUAGUGUGGCAAUGGAAAUUUUGUUUCUACAACAACAAAAAAGAAGAAGAGUGCCAGUGGGACAGCUAGACAAAGGGAAAUCUGCUGUUAGGAGGAAACUACACGAGGAUAAUAUAGUUCAUAAAUAUUUAGACAAUUGCUGUGAUUAGGAGGAAGUGACUAUGAAUCUCCACAUGGAAUACUUGCAGGAUUUUACAAAACCCUAAAUCCAGACAUCGGAGUUAAAUUUCACUUGAGUGCAGUGUCCAUUGUGCUAUUCUCACUUUAACCACGCCUGGACUAAUCAUCAGGGAGCACUUUGAUAUUGAUAUUUGCAUUAUUAUUAAGUCAUUUAGUAUAUGAUAUCGUGGACAAAUAAAAAAAAACAAUAAAGGAUCAUUUUGUUUAUUGA